CCAAGAGGAAGACCCGCAAGGGCACGAGGUCACCGUUGGGCUUUCUGAAAAGAAAGGAGACGCAGCUCUCAGCCCCUCGGGGACCCUGACCCAAGCCACCACCCCUUGUUGCUGACCCCAGUGCCCGGCGCUAAGACCCAGCGGGCGCGCCGGCGGGGCCCCGGUCCCUGAGUCGGCCCGCCCGGCGGGGACGCCAGCUGGGCGGGGAGAGCCAGCUGGCGCGGAGGGGGCAGUGGAGGGGGCAUGGCUCGGGCUGCGUGGGGGCUGCUGUGGCUGCUGCUGGGCAGCGCCGGGGCGCAGUACGAGAAGUACAGCUUCCGGGGCUUCCCGCCCGAGGACCUGAUGCCCCUGGCCGCGGCCUACGGGCACGCGCUGGAGCAGUAUGAGGGCGAGAGCUGGCGCGAGAGCGCGCGCUACCUCGAGGCGGCGCUCCGGCUGCACCGGCUGCUGCGGGACAGCGAGGCCUUCUGCCACGCCAACUGCAGCGGCUCCGCGCCGUCCGCUGCCGCGCCCCCGGGGCCCGCGCCCCCUGGCCCCGACGGCGGUGGCGGCAGCGGCGGCGAUGAGUGGGCCCAGGAGCUGCGGCUCUUCGGCCACGUCCUGGAGCGCGCCGCCUGCCUGCGGCGCUGCAAGCGUUCUCUGCCCGCCUUCCAGGUGCCCUACCCGCCGCGCCAGCUGCUGCGCGACUUCCAGAGCCGCCUGCCCUACCAGUACCUGCACUACGCACAGUUCAAGGCUAACCGGCUGGAGAAGGCGGUGGCCGCAGCCUACACCUUCCUCCAGAGAAACCCGAAGCAUGAGCUCACCACCAAGUAUCUCAACUACUACCGGGGGCUGCUGGACGCCGCGGAGGAGCCCCUCACGGACUUAGAGGCCCAGCCCUACGAGGCCGUCUUCCUGCGGGCUGUGAAGCUCUACAACAGCGGGGAUUUCCGCAGCAGCACGGAGGACAUGGAGCGGGCCCUGGCCGAGUACCUGGCCAUCUUUGCCCGGUGUCUGGCUGGCUGUGAGGGGGCCCAUGAGCAAGUGGACUUCAAGGACUUCUAUCCAGCCAUAGCAGAUCUCUUUGCAGAAUCCCUGCAGUGCAAGGUGGACUGUGAGGCCAACUUGACCCCCAAUGUGGGCGGCUACUUUGUGGAAAAGUUCGUGGCCACCAUGUAUCACUACCUCCAGUUUGCCUACUACAAAUUGAACGACGUGCGCCAGGCCGCCCGCAGUGCCGCCAGCUACAUGCUCUUCGACCCUGGAGACAGUGUCAUGCAGCAGAACCUGGUGUAUUACCGCUUCCACAGGGCUCGCUGGGGCCUGGAGGAGGAGGACUUCCAGCCCAGGGAGGAGGCCAUGCUCUACCACAACCAGACAGCUGAGCUGCGGGAGCUGCUGGACUUUGCACACAUGUACCUGCAGGCAGAUGAUGAGAUGGAGCUGGAGGAGACAGAACCGCCCGUGGAGCCUGAGGAGCCUCCAUCUGAUGCCGAGUUUGAGGGGGAGGGUGACUAUGAGGAGAGCAUCUAUGCUGACUGGUGGCAGGAGCCAGAUGCCAAGGGUGAUGAGGCUGAGGCCGAGCCAGAGCCUGAACUAGCAUGAGAAGAGGGCCCCCCUGCACCCCUCAAGAACUUGGGAAGCCUGGCCCAGUGACACCACCCUCACCAGCCUGGACAGCAACAAGAACUAUUUAUUAAACAUGUAAAAUGGACAUAGCUGACCAGGCCCCAUCCUGUCCCACCUGGGAGCAGUGCUUCCCAUGUAAUGGAGAACAGCUCUGACUCCAUAUUCGAUCUGUUCCUUUAGUUUUAACCAUUGUGCCCUGCUUUCUAGGCUUAGUCUCGCUAGCUCUGCACCUUUUGUAAAACAAUGUUGCCUUUAGCCUGAAAUAUACAGGAGAGCCUAUUCUCAGGGCUCUGACCUUUAAAGAUGCUAGCACUUCUGCACCUACAUAGAGAUGGCAAGUUGCAAAAUAGAGAAUAACCUUUGUUUUGUUGGAGGUUUACAGGGACACCGUGGCCUGACCCACACGGACAGCUGCAAGAACAAAGAAUCCCUGCAGCAAGAAGUUUGCAACAACCAACCACACCCCCUCCCCUAUUUUUUUGUGUAAAAGGAGCCUGCAUUCUGACUGGAGCAGGGUGGUUCUCCAUGACAGUCUGCCAUCCUCUCAGUCUGCCAGCUUUCCGAAUAAAGUCGCUAUUCCUUUCCCCAACA